AUUCUGUUCAAGAAAAAGUGCCAUUGUCUAAGAAAUGUGAUUAUAAGCUUCCUGAAAACCAUGUAAAGUCAAUAUCUAAUCAGAUUAGAAAAUAGAAUAAAACUUUAACGUAGAAUAAGCAUUAAGUUUUCUACCACAAAUACCUGAUGCUAUAUCUUUCACUCAUAGUUUUGAAUUUCUAGAUAAAAGCUUUGAAAAAUGGGAGGAAUCUAUUUUUACAAUAGAAUCUUUAGGUGAAUUUAGAUUAGGAGGACAUGUGAAGGAAAAAUGUUGCCAAAAUGCUCAAUGUAAUUGUAAUUGUCGAAAUUGUUAUUAUGGCUGUUGUUCAUGUAAUUUUAGCUGUUUAACCUGUUUUAUGUGCUGUGAUUGUGUUUGCUGUUGUAGCAAUUAUGAAGUAGUUCAUGAAUAUCAAGGGCCUAUAUAUAUAUUAUAGAAUUAGCUAAUUAGAUUCGAACACUAUGGUUAAAUAUCUAAGUUGUAUGUUAAAGACACCUUAGUUUUGGAAUUUUAUCAUUCAUUCAAAAAUUUGGCUGAUGUUUUAUAUGGUGGAUGUAAAUCGAAUUAUCCUCAUAUUGUAUUUUAAUAACCUUUAGGAAAAGCUAAUGAAAAAGUAUAUUUUGAAGCACUUGGAAAUAAUUGCCCAGAAAGUUGUUGGAGUUGUUUUCCAUAUUUAAUGAUGUGUUCUUGGUGUGGGAUAGGAUAAUUAGAGAGAAAAAUUAGAGUUUCAAAUAGUCAAUAAUACUUGGGAAAUAUUACAGCCAAAAGAGACAAAAAAAAGGCAUGUUUAACAUAAUGUGGUUGUAAUAAUCAUUGUAUGUAAUUUAUUGACUAUCCUGAUUUCACAAUCGAUUUUAAAAAUACUUGUUAAUUGGAUAAAUUAGGUAUUAUUAUGUCUACAAUUCAUUUUACAUUAUAUGAUAGAUGGAGAAGAUUUGAUUGGAAUGGAUUACUAAAAAUGAAUCAUCCUGUUCUAUUUUAUGAUAAUUUAAAAUGA